CCUGUGGUGCGUGGUGUGGGGGGGAGGCCUGGGGCAGCAGGAGCAGGACAGCCGAAGAGGCAGGCCGGACGGGGUAUCAGCACCUCAACUUCUCUCCCUGGGACACUCUCCAAACGCCGGGGGCCAUAGGCCAAGCUGAGCGAUGGGUGCUGAGGAGAAGGUGCUGGUCACACUAUCAGGGGGAGCUCCCUGGGGCUUCCGACUUCAGGGGGGGGCCGAACAGAGGAAACCCUUACAGGUGUCCAAGAUCCGAAGACGGAGCCAGGCUGGCAGAGCAGGACUCCGAGAGAGGGACCAGCUCUUGGCAAUCAAUGGAGUUUCUUGUACCAGCCUCUCUCAUGCCAGUGCCAUGAGCCUCAUUGAUGCCUCAGGGAAUCAGCUUAUCCUCACUGUGCAGCGGGUAGCAGAUGAAGGACCUGUGAGAUCUCCAUCCCCUGGGGAGCUUCAGGUGCUGUCACCCUUAUCUCCAUUGAGUCCUGAGCCUCCUGGUGCUCCAGUUCCUCAGCCUCUUCCGCCUGGGAGCCUUCGCUCACCCCCUGACAGUGAGGCUUACUACGGAGAGACAGACAGUGAUGCUGAUGGUUCUGCCACCCAGGAGAAGCCCCGCCGGCCCCGCCGCAGAGGCCCCAUGAGGCCCACCCCUCCAGGAGCCCCACCUGAUGAGGUCUACCUGUCUGACAGCCCUGCAGAGCCAGCACCUGCCAGCACUGGCCCUCCCAGCCAGGGUGACAGCCGUGUGAGCUCCCCAUCUUGGGAAGAAGGGACAGCCCUUCAGCCACCCCCAGCUGAGGCACUGCUGUUACCCCAUGGUCCACUCCGGCCUGGCCCUCAUCUCAUCCCUAUGGUGGGACCUGUUACCCACCCAGUGGCAGAAGAUCUUACUACCACCUACACCCAGAAGGCCAAGCAAGCCAAACUGCAACGUGCAGAGAGCUUACAAGAGAAGAGUGUGAAGGAGGCCAAGACGAAAUGCAGGACGAUUGCAUCCCUGCUAACUGCAGCUCCCAAUCCUCACUCCAAGGGGGUGCUUAUGUUUAAGAAACGGCGGCAGAGAGCAAAGAAGUACACCCUAGUGAGCUUUGGGGCUGCAGCUGGGACAGGAGCUGAGGAGGAGGACGGCAUCCCCCCAACGAGCGAGUCUGAGCUGGAUGAAGAGGUCUUCUCUGAUGCCCGCAGCCUCACCAAUCAGUCUGACUGGGACAGCCCCUAUCUGGACAUGGAGCUGGCCAGGGUGGGCUCAGGAGCAUCAGAUGGCCAGGGCCCGGGGCUCCGAGGGCAGCUGAGCGAGACCUCUGGCAGAGGGGUCCAGCUCUUUGAACAGCAGCGCCAGCGUGCAGCCUCCAGCACCCAGGAGCUGGAUCGUGUGGGUCCGGCAACCACGUUCACUGUACAGGGUCUGCAGUCACCACCUCGGGCCCAGAGUGCUCCCCCAGAAGCAGCUGUGCUCCCUCCCAGCCCUUUGUUGGCCCCUGUUGUCAGCCCCAGGCCUUUUCUCCCAGAUGGUGGAGUCCCCACCCCAGCUCUAAGCAUCUUUAACAGGUCAGCUAGGCCCUUUACCCCGGGUUUACAAGGGCAGAGGCCAGGUACCACCUCGGUUAUCUUCCGGCCUUCAGGCCCCAAGAGGGCGAAUGAAAGUCUGGGAGGUCUCAGCUCCGCCCCAGCUCCCUUCGCAUCAUCUCCGCAGGGGCCCACUUCUCCGCCCAGCUUCACCACAGGGGUUUCCAGCCACGUGCCCGCCUCAGGUUCCUCCAGCACCCCACGCUCCUCGGGCCCUGUGACGGCCACCAGCUCGCUGUACAUCCCAGCCCCCAGUAGGCCUGUCACACCCGGCGGAGCCCCAGAGUCCGCCGCUCCUCCUAGCGCAGCUGCCAUGACCUCCACUGCUUCUAUCUUCCUAUCGGCGCCUCUGCGACCCUCUGCGCGCCAGGAGGCGCCGGCUCCAGGCUCGGCAGCCCCUGAGCCCCCCAGCGCUCGAGAGCAGCGAAUCUCUGUGCCAGCUGCCCGCACCGGCAUCCUGCAGGAGGCCCGGCGCCGUGGGACUCGGAAGCAGAUGUUCCGGCCGGGAAACCAGGAGACGAAGAACUCUCCCAACCCCGAGCUGCUAUCGCUGGUGCAAAACCUGGAUGAAAAACCCCGGACCGGCGGUGCUGAAUCUGGUCCGGAGGAGGACGCUUUGAGCCUCGGAGCUGAAGCCUGCAACUUCAUGCAGCCACCAGGGGGCAGGAGUUACAAGACCCUGCCUCACGUGACACCUAAAAUUCCUCCUCCAGUAGCUCCCAAGACCCCACCCCCCAUGACUCCUAAGACUCCACCCCCCGUUGCACCUAAGCCGGCUUCUCGAGGGCUCCUUGAUGGGCUAGUGAAUGGGGCGACCCCUUCGGCUGCAAUCCCUGAGCCACCAAGGCUGCAGGGCAGGGGUGGGGAGCUAUUUGCCAAGCGGCAGAGUCGGGCCGACAGGUAUGUGGUGGAAGCUACACCUGGUCCUGGCCUUGGCCCUGGUCCUCGGCCCAGAAGUCCAUCUCCUACCCCCUCACUGCCCCCUUCAUGGAAAUACUCACCUAACAUCCGUGCCCCACCUCCUAUUGCUUACAACCCAUUGCUCUCACCCUUUUUCCCCCAAGCUGCCCGAAAUCUCCCUAAUAAGGCCCAAUCUCAGGGACCUCGAGCAACUCCCAAACAGGGCAUUAAGGCUCUGGAUUUCAUGCGGCAUCAACCCUACCAACUUAAAACUGCCAUGUUCUGUUUUGAUGAGGUUCCUCCAACUCCUGGCCCCACCUCCUUAGGGACCCCCAAAACUGCCCGAGUUCAGGAGAUCCGUAGAUUUUCCACUCCAGCACCCCAGCCCACUGCAGAGCCUCUGGCCCCCACUGUGCUUGCUCCUCGAGCAGCCACUACACUGGAUGAGCCCAUCUGGAGGGCAGAACUGGCCUCAACCUCUGUUCCUAGCCCAGUCCUUCCUCCAGAAUCUCCUAGGAGCCUUGGGGCCACCCCCAGCUCCUGUAGUUUCCAGGUGGCCAGGCCCAGAUUCUCAGCCAUCAGAACAGGAUUACAGGCUCAUGUGUGGAGGCCUGGAGCAGGGCAUCAAUGAGCAGGGAAUUGGUCCUAGGACCAAGGAGAAGUGGAACAUCCAGUUACUUCUCCUGCCCUAUCAUACCCACUCUCUCAGGCAUCAGGAGGCUAAAUUCCCUCAGACCAGAAAUAGUUUUGGAGUUAGUGUCCUGUCCCCCAGCUUCAUCCUCACUUCCUCACCUCCCUACUGCUUUCCAGCCUAUUAUUUGCUUUGGUAUCUUUGCCUCUCUUUGUCUCUGUAUACCCUUGCCGGGAACUCUCUUUAUCUCCUGGUCUCUCUAUCCAUGUGCCUCCACAGGUCUUUAUUUCUUUACAUUGGUGCUUUCUCUGUGGGUCUCAUUUUAAUGUUUGGUGAGAAGCACACAGAAUAUAAGUAACCACUGGGACCUCGGGAAGGAGAUUCCCACCAGCAGGCAGCCAAGGGACUGUACUGACCCCUCUUUGCUCUACCCAUCCCCGUUCUUCAUUUUGCUUUCCCAAGGUUAGUUGGCAUAUUCCUAGGUGUGUAUGUGUGUGUGCCAGUGUGUGCACGUGUGUGUGACCACGAUCUGACCUGGCAAGUGAUAAGAUGUGCCACAGAUGUACUCUUCUGUCUGAGACAAAAGUAAGAGGGGACAUCUAAAUAAAGACCUUAAGUGGGUCUUUUCCUUGUGCUGACAGAAGGGUCAGAUAUCCCUACUUGGAAUCUAGCAGGGAGAAAGAGCUAUACCUGAGAAUAAUUCUUAGCAUCUGUAGCAGGUGCUGCAUCUUGUGAAACUAAUGGAGUAUGACAAGACUGAAGGACUGGGACAAUUUGCAUAGACUAAGCUAGACCAGGAAUAGAACUAAGAAUUCUUCUGUUCCACUGCAUUUCACGAAAUUAGCAACUAGAGGUCCAUGAGGAACAACUCAGUAUUCAGGAAGUAAAAAGGGAAAGAGAGAGAGAGAGGGAGAAUUUCUUCUGAGAAUGAACAAAUUAUUGGCUUCAUUGUUUCAUAAGCCUAAAACUGAAAGAAAGUCUGGGGAGAGUGAGAUAGAAACCAGUAGCAGAGCAGAAAUGAGUGAAAGUGAUUGAGCCACGGAGAGAAGCAUGGAGAAGGCAGUGAUGGCAGAGAAACCCCACAAGAAGCCAACUGAAAGCAAGAGGGGGACUGGGAAAAUUUUUGAGGAAGAAGUAUUUGUUAAUGUGAAGGGGGAUGAUGGUGGGAGGGAAGUAUGAGGGUGUGUGCUGAGUGUUGAAAGAAGUGUUUGUGACCAUGCUAUCUCCCAUGAGUCUGUCCUUCAGUUUGUCUUCUGCAGCUUGUCAUGACUAUCUGGGAAAGGACAGUGAAAUACCCAGAACCAAAACCUCUUUUCAGUCCUACUCCAUUACUUAAAAGCCUAGCUUUUAUUCCUUUUCAGCUUCAGGUCCUAAUUUCUGAUCCUAGAAGAGUAUGGAUUCACCUCUUACCAAGACUACCACCAGCCACAUUUGCUGUUUGAUCUGGAAAAUGAUCAUUUCCUUUGCAUAUUGGGUGUGAGUCACAGUUCUUUGGUUUGUGCACAAGAAUAAACUUAUGCCCCAUA